ACCGCCACCACCCUGCCCCGCCCCUCCUUUCCUCCGCUGUGAGCUCAGAGCAGCAGGACAAAGUGUUUCAGACAAGGACAGCGGCCUGAGAGCAGCCAUGGGCGCUGGAGGAGUGGGCCUCCUUGGGGCCGGGUGGCCCCUGCCUCUCCUACUUCUGCUCGUCACGGGAGGCACGGCUCAGGACUCCCCACCCCAGAUCCUAGUCCAUCCCCAGGACCAGCUGCUCCAGGGCCCUGGCCCUGCCAAGAUGAGCUGCCGCGCCUCAGGCCAGCCACCUCCCACCAUCCGCUGGCUGCUGAAUGGACAGCCCCUGAGCAUGGUGCCCCCAGACAUACACCACCUCCUGCCUGAUGGAACCCUCCUGCUGCUGCGGCCCCCUGGCCGAGGACAUGCCCAGGAUGACCAGGCCCUAUCCACAGACCUGGGUGUCUACACAUGUGAGGCCAGCAACCGACUGGGCACGGCAGUCAGCCGAGGUGCUCGGCUGUCUGUGGCUGUCCUUCGGGAGGAUUUCCAGACCCAGCCUCAGGACACGGUGGCCACGGUGGGUGAACAGGUGAUUCUGGAGUGUGGGCCACCCUGGGGCCACCCAGAGCCCACAGUCUCAUGGUGGAAGGAUGGGAAACCCCUGGCCCUACAGCCAGGGCAGCACACGGUAUCCAGGGGUUCCCUGCUGAUGGCAAGAGCAGAGAAGAGUGACACAGGGACCUAUAUGUGUGUGGCCACCAACAAUGCAGGACGACGGGAAAGCCGGGCAGCCAGGGUGUCUGUCCAGGAGCCCCACGACUACAAGGAGCCUCUGGAGCUUCUGGCUGUGCGAAUUCAGCUGGAAAACGCGACCCUGCUGAACCCGGACCCCACAAAAGGCACCAAGCCUGGGCCUGUUGUGUGGCUUAGCUGGAAGGUGAGCGGCCCUGCUGCACCUGCUCAGUCCUACACGGCCCUGUUCAGGGCCCAGACUCCCCCAGGAGGCCAGGGAGCUCCAUGGGCAGAGGUCCUGCUGGAUGGCUGGCAGAGCGCGGAGCUUAGGGGCCUCCACUGGGGCCAAGACUAUGAGUUCAAAGUGAGGCCAUCCUCCGGCCGGGCUCGAGGCCCUGACAGCAACGUGCUGCUCCUGAGGCUGCCAGAACAAGUGCCCAGUGCCCCUCCUCAGGAGGUGACUCUAAAACCUGGCAACAGCAGUGUCCUUGUGAGCUGGAUCCCACCACCUGCUGAAAACCACAACGGCAUCAUCCGUGGCUACCAGGUCUGGAGCCUGGGCAACACCUCAUUGCCCCCCAGCAACUGGACCGUGGCAGGCGAGCAGACCCAGCUGGAGAUCGCCACCCGAAUGCCAGGUUCCUACUGUGUACAAGUGGCUGCAGUCACUGGCGCUGGGGCUGGAGAGCCCAGUAGGCCUGUCUGCCUCCUUUUAGAGCAGGCCAUGGAGCGAGCCACCCGAGAACCCAGCGACCACAGUUCAUGGACCCUGGAGCAGCUGAAAGCCGCCUUGAGACGACCAGAGGUCAUUGCCAGCGGGGGUGUUGUGCUCUGGCUGCUGCUGCUGGGCACCGCUGUGUGUGUCCACCGCCGGCGCCAGGCUGGGGUGCACCUGGGCCCAGGUCUGUACAGAUAUACCAGUGAGGACGCCAUUCUAAAACACAGGAUGGAUCACAGUGACUCCCCUUGGCUGGCAGACACUUGGCGGUCCACCUCUGGCUCUCGGGAUCUGAGCAGCAGCAGCAGCCUCAGCAGCCGGCUGGGAGUGGACCCCCGGGACUCCCUAGACUGCCGGCGCUCCUUGAUCUCCUGGGAUCCCCGAAGUCCAGGUGUGCCCCUGCUUCCUGACACCAGCACUUUCUAUGGCUCCCUCAUCGCUGAGAUGCCUCCCAGCUCACCAGCCCAGCCAAGCCCCCAGGCCCCAGCUGUCAGGCGUCUCCCACCCCAGCUGGCCCGGCUCUCCAGUCCUUGGCCCAGCUCAGACAGCCUCUGCAGCCGCAGGGGACUCUCUUCUCCGCGCUUGUCUCUGGCCCCGGCGGAGGCUUGGAAGGCCAAAAAGAAGCAGGAGCUGCACCAGGCCAACAGCUCCCCGCUGCUCCGGGCCAGCCACCCUAUGGAGCUCUGGGCCUGGGAGUUGGGGAACAGAGGCUCCAAAAACCUUCCCCAGAGCCCAGGAGCUGUGCCCCGAGCUCUGGUUGCCUGGCGGGCCCUGGGACCGCAGCUCCUCAGCUCCUCCAGUGAGCUGGUGACUCGCCCUCUCCCCCCGGCACCCCUCUCUCCUCGUGGAUCCCCCAUUCAGAGUCAACAGACCCAGCACUUGGAGGAGCCCAAAGCUCCCUCCUCCCCGCCACUGCCAGCUGCCACCAUCCCCAGCCUUAUCCCCUCCAGUCCCCCCAGCCUCUCCAGCCCCCAGGCCUCUUCCCUCUCUGGUCCCAGCCCAGCUUCCAGUCGCCUGUCCAGCUCUUCACUGUCAUCCUUCGGGGAGGAUCAGGACAGUGUGCUGACUCCUGAGGAAGUGGCCCUGUGCCUGGAGCUCAGUGAGGGUGAGGAGACCCCCAGGAACAGUGUCUCUCCCAUGCCAAGGGCUCCUUCACCUCCAGUCACCUAUGGGUACAUCAGUGUCCCGACAGCCUCAGAGCUGGCAGACAUGGGCAGGGCUGGAGGAGGGGUGGGGUCCGAAGUGAGGGGCUUGUUGUGCCCACCUCGGCCCUGCCCCACCCCCACCCCCAGUGAGGGCUCCCUGGCCAACGGCUGGGGCUCAGCCUCUGAGGACAACGGCCCCAGCGCCCGAGCCAGCCUUGUCAGCUCCUCUGAUGGCUCCUUCCUCGCUGAUGCGCACUUCGCCCGGGCCCUGGCAGUCGCUGUGGACAGCUUUGGCUUUGGUCUGGAGCCCAGGGAGGCAGACUGCGUCUUCACAGAUGCGUCAUCACCUCCUUCCCCCCGGGAUGACCUCUUCUUGACCUCCACCCUCUCCCUGCCUCUGUGGGAAUGGAGGGCAGACUGGUUGGAGGACAUGGAGAACAAUCACACCCAGCGGCUGGCAAGGGGGCUGCCUCCCUGGCCCCCUGACUCUCGGGUCUCUCCCCAGAGAAGUCAGCUUGGCUGUCCUAUGCCCAAGGCUGGCGACUCCUCCUGAAGUGUGGCCCUGAGGCUGCAAAGAAGAGAAUCAGAACCGCCUCUCCUGUCAGCCCCCCGCCAGGCUGUGGUGUGGGGGUCUUGGCCUAUGCUUCUCUGCAGUUGGGGUCCACCCUGCCCGGCCUCCAGGAGAGUUCUCUCUCCGGGAUUGUGAAAACAAAUGAAAACAAAAUAAGAACAAAGCAGGUCUGGAGCCCCUGGGGAGCAAAAGUCCUCACCUGACUCCUGGCCCUUGCCUUUUUCUCUGUUCCAUCCACUCCCACAACCAGGCCUUUCUGGCCUAAGCAGCAGCCCUACCUCCUGACCUCCCCACCCACUUGGGUCACGGGAAGUGAGGAGCCCGAGGUCUCCCUGGAGGACAACAGGGCUUGUGGGAGAGGGCUGUGCAGGAAGGAGCCUCCUCUCUCAGCUUCACCUGGACCAGUCCUACCGAGGCAGGCUCAACUCUCUCCCCACCCACCCCGUGGACAGGAGACAAAGAGGAAUGCCACUGAGGCUGAGGCCCUACCUCAGUACCAAGGCAGAGGGUUCAAGAUGAAUCUAGGGAAGAAGCUGAAGGAAGGGAGGUGUGAAAAUGUGGGACAAAAACACCCUCCUCAUACUGUUGUCACUCUGGAAUUUGAUACUAUAAAACUGUAAUGACUUGA